AUGGCCCUUAGCGACCAAGAAAUUGCCCUUAGCUUCUACGCGCUGGCUGUCCGAUGUGACAGCUACCUACGGCCCUUCCUUUACUUCAUGGCUGCGAGUUUCUUGGCCGAGCUGGGUGCCUGGGUCGUGCCUCUGCUGAUGGAGGGCAGCUGCGCGAUGGUGCCUAAAGGCCUGAAGGUUUCCGGCAUGGCGGCUGCCUGCGGGUUCAUGAAGGUCCUUUUCGCCGUGUUCUUCUGCCAGCUUGCAGCGAUCGAGGCCUACCUCAUCUUCGCAGUGUGGUCCCUGUGCGAGGACAUGAAGGUGAGCAUGAAGGGCCACUUGCCGAAGCUGCUGGUGCACAAGACGCACCGCGAGCCGGUCGGCGACCCGGCCGCGGCCCUCUUCGGGGGGCAGAACCGCGGCUUGGGUUACGGCGCCUUCUGA